AUGGGCCCUUUCCGGCAUGGAAUCCGACAAAGAUCUGUGAUAACAGGCGGCGAAUACAAGAACACCUUGCAGUCCGAUGGAGUCAUGAUACGACGAUGCGCUGGUCCUUCAGGCCUGGUCGCGGCCAAGACGUUUCUUCAUGAUGUGGCACCGGGGACUUUCCACGUGACUGUCUACGACGUUCAAACCCGCAUAGGCGGUCUCUGGCCGCUAAGCAAAAAUGAUACAGCUGGCCUGGUGCAUCCUUUGAUGAUCGCAAAUCAGAGCAAACAUACCGUGCAGUUUAGCGACUUUGCCUGGGAUGAUGGUGCGCCACAGAUGCCGAAAGCCUGGCAGGUCGGCCAGUAUCUAGAGCGUUAUUCCAAGAGAUAUGGUGGCGCUGAUAUUCGACUUGGUCACAAGGUUGUACGGACGGAGCUUCAAAAUGGCGGCCAGUGGCAAGUCGAAACCGAAUCGGAGCAAGGUGCCCAGACCAGCGUCUUUGACUACCUCUUGGUUACCACUGGAUUCUUUGGAAAGCCUAUCUGGCCCGACUAUGUGCCUCAGAGUGGCCCUCUAUCUGUCAUCCACAGUAGCAAGUAUCGUGACUUGACAAGCUUGCUGGGUAAGGAGGAGACGCAGGGAAGUAAGAUCCUCAUUGUUGGUGGUCAAAUGUCGGGCAUUGAGAUUGCCGGGACAAUUGCAUCUCAUUUGUCAUCUGCGACAAACUCUCCGGGAGAAAAGACCAUAGCCAAUCCGGAAAAGUACACGAUACACCAUGUUGCGCAGAGACCUGCCUGGGUUUUUCCACUCUUCACAUCAGCCAAGCCUGAUUCUCGUGCACCACCAUUCUUACCAUGUGAUUUGCCAUCUUAUAAUCAAGCCAUGAGGCCUCAACCACUGGCUAACAACUCGGGCCACAUCAGCGUCGAUGCUGCCAAGAAAUCAAAUGGUGUCUUUGAAUCAGUUCUUGGCACCGACCAAAGUGACUUUUCUCCGGAAAUCAAGAUUGGGGCUGAAAUUCGAGAAGAGCAACCGUUCCUGGCCAUGAGCUCCCAUUAUGCUGACUUUGUCCGUUCAGGGCUGAUCAAGGUCAGCCAGGGAAGAGUAUCCGCGUUUGACGGUUCCACUGCUGCGGUUGUCCCUUCAGGCGAGAACAUCACAGAUGUAGCUGCCGUGGUUCUUGCUACCGGGUUCGACCCGGCACCUUCACUCGGUUUCCUUCAGCCCGAGGUGCUCGAGACCAUUUCGUUUUCUCCCUCCACACCGACUCUGCCGGCUGCUCUGGCCUUUCAUGGCACACACCAUCAAGCGUAUCCGAGUCUGGGCUUUGUAGGAUUCUAUCGCUCUCCAUACUGGGGCGUCAUGGAAAUGCAAGCACGGUUCAUGGCGCACAUGUGGUCGACUCCAGCCCCAUCUGAGAGCUUUAAAGAGGCACUUGCUGCAGACAACAGCAUCGAGAGAACUUUGUCUUUACGGACAGACCCUCGCUGCUCUCAAUUUCCCAUGGGAGACUAUGUAUUCCUAAUGGCCGAGUUCGCAAAGGCUCUUGAGAUCCCCAUCGUUCCAGCGAGGGAGACGCCAGCAUUAGCCAACGGGAAAACCAUGGAUAUAAUCACGCCUGCACGGUAUGUCUCACAUGGCGCAUCAGAUGCAGCGCUCGAAGAAGUAGAGAAGAACCUAGUCUCGACACAGGAGACUGCCAUAGCCGGCCUCACCAAGGCCAAGUUUGUAGCUCAUGCAGUCUUUCGGUCGCUCCUCGGCGAAUGGAAGCUAGAUCGCGCGUUAAAGUCAAAGCUACCAAGCCAUCCGAGCGGUCGCUUCGUGGGCACGGCAAAGUUCCUGCUGCGGGACGGUACUACCGACGGACGCACCGUUGCCGAGGGUCAGGACCUGGGAAUGGAGUAUCUGUACGUCGAGGACGGCGACUUCAUCGCCGACAAUGGUAUGAAGUUUAGGGCCACGCGCCGGUAUGUCUGGCGGUAUGAUGAAGCCAAGGAUGUGUUGAGUGUCUGGUUCGCGCGGACUGACGACAACACGCGUGCCGAUUACCUCUUUCAUAACCUUGAAUUUCUCGUACCAAACGGGGACGAGAAUGAGGAGGCCAAGGACUGGCAGGCAGAGGCAAGCCACCUCUGCAUCGAGGAUCUGUAUGACGUGCACUAUGAUUUUAAUUUCAAGGCAGUCAACUUAAAGGACUGGAAGCUGGCUUACUCUGUCAAGGGACCAAAGAAAGAUUAUACCAUUGCUGGAAAGUAUAGUAGAGUAUAG